AUGGCACCAGCACAGCUGUCGCAAGCAGAGCUCGAUCGGCGGAAAACAGUAGGGAUAAAUCCAGAGACGGUCACCAACAUCACGUCUACAGACUUUCCUGGCCAUCAUCCAGGUGAGGACGCAGCAUGGUCCAUCGACAGAUUCUCGAAAGGCCUCGAGGUUAAAUUCCACAAAAACUCGUAUGAUGAAGCAACGUUCUCCCUGAUUGGCAUUGAUGCCAGCGUCGCCAACGCUUUUCGAAGAAUACUCAUCGCCGAAGUACCGACUCUCGCAAUCGAAACGUGCUACUUCAACAACAAUACCUCUGUAAUAGCUGACGAAGUCCUCGCGCAUCGGCUAGGCCUAAUUCCUCUAAAAGGUAGUCUUCGUGGUCUUGACUAUCUGAAGUGGUAUGUCAGACCAGACCCUGAGAACGGCAUCGAGGGCAUGGAUCCAAGCGACUACAAUACCGUUGUACUGAAUCUCUACGUCAAAUGCGAAUGGAAGCCAAACCCACCCGAAAAUGGUGAACCAGAAGAGAAGUAUAACCACAGCAACGUCUACGCCAGGGACAUCAAAUGGGAACCCAUGGGUCGACAAAAGGAAGAGUUUGAAGACCUCGAAAUCCAGCCUGUAAACCCCGACAUCCUCAUCGCGAAGCUGCGACCGGGUCAAGAAAUAGACAUCGUCAUGCACGCCAAUCUCGGCAAAGGCGGAGAUCACGCAAAGUUCUCUCCCGUAGGCACAGCGACCUACAGAUUACUCCCCAAAAUCGAGAUCACCAAACCCAUCCUCAACCAAGACGCGCUUGAAUUUCAAAAAUGCUUCCCUGCAGGCGUCAUUGACGUGGAAUACGUUGACGCAAAAGCCGUUAUAGAAAACGAGAGGUUAAGACCUCAUGAAGGAGAGCAGUAUGCAAAGGUCAAAGAUCCCAUGAAAGAUACUGUGUCAAGAGAGUGCUUACGGCAUGAUAAAUUUAAAGGCAAGGUCAAAUUGGGCAGGGUACAAGAUCAUUUCAUCUUCCAGGUUGAAAGUACAGGGCAGUUCCCAAGUGACCGCCUCUUUUUGGAGUCUGUCAAGGUGCUGAAGUAUAAAGCUCAGACUUUACUGAGAGCACUGGACAAUAUUGAUAGUUGA